AUGGCCUCCGAACCUGUCAAUGUGAAUGAGUUCCGAGAAUUGGCUAGGCAAGUUCUUCCAAAAAUGUUUUAUCCAACAUAUCUACGUGCACUGUGGAGGACGUUGCUUCCAGAUGCAAUGCUUGCUCCCAGACUUGGUCGAAGAGAGGCAGACAUAAAGAAUAGAAUGGUUGCACCUCAGUUGAAGAACUUUGAAGGCAUUUUAUCAACUGACGUAAACUCUGAUGAAGGAUCGAAAGUGGAAGCUUUUGUCAAAGAGACGUUUGAUGCUUCUUUGUGCUGGGAGGACAUAGAGUGGUUGAAAUCUAUUACAAACUUGCCAAUUCUGAUCAAGGGAGUACUCACUCAUGAAGUUGCAAGAAAGGCUGUGGAAGUAGUUGUUGCUGGGAUUGUUGUCUCCAACCAUGGAGGCCACCAACUAGAUUAUACUCCUACCACCAUUUCUGUCCUGGAAGAGGAAGUUGAUGCUGUUGGAGGAAAAGUUCCUGUUCUGCUUGAUGGAGGAGCAAGGCGAGGAACAGAUGUGUUCAAGGCAUUAGCCUUGGGUGCACAAGCUGUCCUUGUUGGAAGGCCUGUAAUCUAUGGCCUUGCAGCAAACGGAGAACACGGCGUGAGACGGGUUAUCGAAAUGCUGAAAGAUGAGUUUGAGCUCACUAUGGCCCUCUGUGGCUGCCCUGGUGUUAUGGAUAUUACCAGGAGCCAUGUGAGAACAGAAUGUGAUUCCAUGCUUUGA